AUGGCGGCGGAGGGGCAGGAAAAGGAGAAGAUGGUGAUGUUGCGGAGCGAGGACGGCGUGGACUUCGUGCUGUCAGAGUCCGAGGCAGAGGCCCAGUGCGGCAGGAAAAUCAAAAUAAUGAUGAAGCACGACUUCGAGAACCACAUCAUCCCUUCCGGCGACGGCGGCGGCGGCGAAAUCAACUACUGCCUCAUCCGCCUCCCCGUCCGAGGCGACACACUCUCCAAGGUGAUAGACUACUCCAAGAUGCACGCCUCCGGAUCCCACGACUUUGACCCACUGGGAUGCGGACUUCAUCGCUGCUUUCAACCACGAGGCCCUCUUCGAUCUCAUCCUGGUGAGUACGCUUCGGAAUAUCUUCAAAUAAGAGGACUGAUUGACCUAGCCUGCCAGACUAUUGCUAGUAAGAUAAAGGGGAAAUCUCCACGUGAAAUUUGUAAUAUCUUCAACAUCAAGAGUGUCUUUCCUCCGGAAUUAGAUGGAGAAACGAUAGCAAAGCGAUUGCAAGAUUGCACAACAUGUUCCAGUGACAAGGAGUUGCCAUGCAGUGAGACCCCAUGUUUAAUUCAAGAGCUCGAAUUCGAGGAAAAGGCUUUGCAGGCUCUUGACAUAGUUCAUUGUCAAGAGUUUACGGGAUACGACCCUAAGGUCAACACUUACACCCGUACCUGA